AUGAGAUACGGGUUUAUUAACUGGAUCUCCUAUUUAAAAUUACUUUUUAUAUCUAAUUUUUUUAUAUUUAUAUUUGGAAAAAGAUGUGAACAGAUAACAAUACCAUUAUGUAGAGGUAUUGGAUAUAACUUUACAUCAUAUCCUAAUAGUUAUAAACAUGAAACACAAUUAGAAGCAGCAUUAGAAUUAAAUCAAUUUUAUCCACUUGUUGAGGUUAAUUGUUAUAAACAUUUAAAAUUUUUUUUAUGUUCAAUGUAUACACCAAUAUGUCAGGAGAAUUAUGAAAAAUCUAUAAUGCCAUGUAGAGAGGUAUGUUUGGAGGCAAAAAAAAAUUGUGCUCCAUUAAUGAGACAGUAUGGUUUUAAUUGGCCAGCCUCAUUAUCUUGUUCUGUAUUACCAAAAAUGUCUGAUCAAGGUAGGACAGGUGAAAUUUGUGCAGCACCUCCGGAUACACCAGAUGUUGUGGAAAAAGAUACAAAAAUAGAUAAGUAUGAUAAAAAUUCAUCUAAAAAAAAUCAACCAACAUUAGUAUAUCCUGUUAUUGGUAUUGAUAUAAUUGAAAAUUCUAAUCAAAAAAAAUGUGAAUGUAGUUGUCAAAGUCCAUUUGUUUUUACAGAAAGUAGUGAACAAAGAAUUCAAAAUGUUUCAAAUUGUGCAUAUUCAUGUUUUGGACAGUUACCAACACAAAAAUCAAAAGAUUUUAUUAAUACAUGGAUGAUGUUAUGGUCUGGUAUUUGUUUUUCUCUUUCAUUAUUUACUAUUUUAACAUUUCUUAUUGAAACUAAUCGUUUUCAAUAUCCAGAAAGACCAAUAUUUUUCUUUGCAUUCUGCCAAUUUAUGUUAUCAUUGGGUUUUUUAAUACGUAUAUAUAUUGGACAUCAGGAUGUCGCUUGUAGUGGUGAUUUAAUUAAAAUUGGAAAUCAUACAUUAUCACCAUGUUUAUUAGUAUUUAUAUUAACAUAUUACUUUUCUAUGGCUGUUUUUACAUGGUGGAUAAUUUUAUCAUUAACCUGGGUAUUAGCUUCUGGUUCAAAAUGGAGUAAUGAAGCAAUUGCAGCAUAUGCACCAUUUUAUCAUUUAUUUGCCUGGUUUUUACCAGGUGUUCAAACAUUUUUAGUUAUUAUGCUUAAUGGAAUUGAAGGUGACCCAAUUUCUGGUUUAUGUUUUGUAAGCAAUACUUCACACUUUCAAAGAUCUUUUGUUCUUGGACCAUUAAUUGUUUAUUUCUCAGUUGGAGUUUUCUUUUUAUGUAUUGGAUUUUUAAACUUAUGGCAUAUUAGAUCAGUUGUCAAAAAACGACAAAUAGGAAACCAAAAUGCAAAUAAAAUUACUCAAUUAAUGUCAAAAAUUGGUAUAUUUUCUGUUUUAUAUACAGUUCCUGCAUUAUUUUAUAUACUUGUACUUUUUUAUGAACAAUAUUAUAGACCAUUAUGGGAACAAUCAAAGUUAUGUAAUUGUGCCAAUCAAGUUAAUGAAAAUGAAAAUGCUAUGUAUGCUUUUUCAUUAAUAAAGAUAGCUGCCAUGUUAUUUAUAGGAUGGACAUCCGGAGUUUGGGUUAUUAAUUGUAAAACAUUUAAUUCAUGGAAAUAUGUUAUAUGUUGCGUAACAAGUAAACAUUUAAGAGAUGUACCUUAUCUUAAUCAUAAUAAUUUUGGAUAUAAUACUGUACCAUGUCAACGUACCAGAUUUUGUAAUCCACCAUCACCACAAUAUCAUCAAACAGAAAUUCGUUAUGCUAAGACAAAUGAGGCUAUGUCACCACAAACUUAUGGAACAUUAAGAAGUUACAAUCAUAUGAAUAUACCAAUUGUACCAGAUAAAGUUUGA